UUGCGCAGCAUUUGAACUUUCGCAGAGUCAAUCGUCGCCAUGUUGGCUUGUAGCUCUUACACAACGCCCUCACACGAAUAAUUCCGAGUUAAAAGGUAAGCGAAUAUUAUCGCCAAUAACGAUUUGGAAGUGCAGUGUUAAUGUGAUAUUACGUUAGUAACUAAGCGUGUCAAAUUUGGUGCGGUAUCGAACUAAUCGCGGUGAGUAUAGCCUCGCGUUAUUAUGGCAAAUGCUUCAGUCCGUUGUGGCGGAGGACGGAACGCAUCCUUCUAGCUGCGCCCUCCAUAUUGAUGACAGCGCCGACGGUGAAGAAUAUUGAGGACCGAGGAGCAUCAGCGUAUGGUUACACACGAUGUCCGGUAAUGUAGCUGCGAUUAAGUUGGAGGAGGGGCAAGAGUCUGUCACGGAGAUACAGACGUACCUGGAGACAUUCAACAAAGAAAUUGAGGGAGGCCAGGGUGAACAGCUUCAGCAUGUGCAACUGCAACAAGUUGAGGGUCUUACCGGAGGGGACGACGGAGGCACCUACUUUGUCGAUCAAUCUGGGCAGUACUACUACCAAGCAAGCAGUGACGACCCACCAGUUAUGACGCAAGUACAAAUUCAAGAAGCAGACGAUGGGGAAGGUCAGAAUGACGGCGAAGAUGGUCAGGAUGAACAGUACCAUGAAAUAGAAGAGCUUGAGAAUGUGCAGAGCGGAGAGAAUGCGAGUAAACAGGGUACAGUAUCCACGAAUGGAAAUAGCCAAGUGGUUAUUAACUCUGGAGACGCAUAUCAGACAGUGACAAUUGUACCAUCAGACACAAACCCAGGUGAAGUUAGCUACGUGUUAAUCGUGCAACAGCCUGAGUCUGAAGAAAAAGAUGGUCGAACGGAAGACGUGGAAGUGGGCGAAGGUGAGGAAGGAGAACAAGAUCUAACUGUUUAUGACUUUGAGGACAAUGAGGACAACGACGCACCUGUUGAGUCCGAAGCUGAAGAUGAUAAGACAAAAAUAAUCAAGUUCAUCCCUAAGAAAUCGCAGACCGUGACACAGGCUCACAUGUGUAACUACUGCAAUUACACAAGUCCCAAGCGAUAUCUCUUAUCUCGCCACAUGAAAUCUCACUCCGAGGAAAGACCACAUAAAUGUAGCGUUUGUGAAAGAGGCUUUAAGACUUUGGCUUCCCUGCAGAACCAUGUUAACACACAUACGGGUACAAAACCGCAUCACUGCAAGUUCUGCGACAGCGCUUUCACUACGUCAGGUGAACUUGUAAGACAUGUUCGGUACAGACAUACCCAUGAAAAGCCGCACAAAUGCCAUGAGUGUGAUUACGCCUCGGUUGAGUUGUCCAAACUUAAACGACACAUUAGGUGCCACACUGGAGAACGUCCCUAUCAGUGUCCACAUUGUACGUAUGCAAGUCCGGACACCUUCAAGCUGAAACGUCAUUUGCGCAUUCAUACGGGAGAAAAACCAUACGAAUGCGACAUCUGCCAAGCGAGAUUUACACAGUCCAACAGUUUGAAGGCACAUAAGCUAGUUCACAACGUUGGAGAUAAGCCUGUAUUUCAAUGCGAAUUAUGUCCAACAACGUGCGGAAGAAAAACUGACCUCAGAAUUCACGUCCAAAAGUUACACACUUCCGAUAAGCCGCUGAAAUGCAAAAGAUGUGGCAAGACAUUCCCUGACAGGUAUAGUUACAAACUCCACAAUAAAACUCACGAAGGUGAGAAAUGCUACAAAUGCGACCUUUGCCCGUACGCUUCAAUAUCAGCUCGGCACCUAGAGAGUCACAUGCUCAUUCAUACGGAUCAAAAACCGUAUCAGUGUGAUCAUUGCUAUCAGUCAUUUAGGCAAAAACAAUUGCUUAAACGUCACUGCAAUCUUUACCACAAUCCUUCCUACGUACCACCACCACCUCAAGAGAAGACACACCAAUGUCCCGAAUGCGAAAGACCGUUCAGCUGCAACCCGGUUAUGGGUUGGAAAGUGGCUUGUUCUGGUGCUAAAUACAGGCACAAAGGAAACCUAAUACGACACAUGGCUGUUCAUGAUCCUGAAUCGUCUCUUCAGGAAAAACAACUCGCCCUUAAAAUUGGACGUCAAAAGAAGAUCCAAAUCAUUGAUGGCCAAAGGGUUGAAGUUAUGACUGGAGACUUAGCUUCUAAACUUAAAGGUUACGACGACGAAGAUGAAGAAGACGAGGAUGAGAUGAUGGCCGUCGAAGGAAGCGACGGGCAGCAGUAUGUCGUCUUGGAAGUGAUCCAGCUAGCAGAUAAUCCAGGAAGUGAUCAGAUGGCUGUUGUUGCCAGCGAAGACGGAGAUUUGGUGAUGCAAGAUCCUUUGAGUCAGGAUGAAGUCGUAGGUGGAACGGAAGAUGGUGAAGAGGAAGAAGAAGAGGAAAUGGACGAACAUCAGGAAACCAUUGAAUUGAAACUAGAAGAUACUACCAAUACCCCCAGAAAAUCAACACGUUUGUCCGAAUCGUCGCAAAACGAUCCAAAGCUACAAAAAGACAUGGAAACCUGCUUCGGUUUUGACGAGGAAGAGGAAGAGGACGAGGAAGACGAUAGCAAUAUUCAUCUAUUACAGACAAUAUCGUAAUAAA